CAAACAGGAAUUUCCACAACGCUACAACCCAGAAGUUAUAUUUUAAAUGUGUCAUAUUUGAGCUUUAAAACACGAGUAAAUACUGUAUUGACUAUUAAUUAAUCCAUUUAGGUACAACGUAUGAGUCCUUUAUAAACGGUGCCGUAUAAGAAAGUAGUUCCAUUAUAUUGCUCUUGCUAUCACAGUUUACUUUCUACUGUAUACUUUAGAGGGCGCUACCUAUGAGACCCGAGCUUACUCUUCCGAAUCCAGCCAUUACUGCAACUCUUUUAUGUAUAUGUCAAGUAAGCUGGUAUCAGAAACGCUACUUCCAUUUAUUGCUUUCAAAAUAAAAGUCUAUCUGGUCAAGCUUCGUCCAGUCAGUUGUUUGACAUAAUAAUGCUUUUGUUUUGAAGCCAGGUUCCUCCUACAUCUGGUGUUAAUCUGACAAACCUAACUACUGUCUUUCAGCAUCACCCAAACAUUAGCCUGUAGAGUAGCUUUUAGCUAGCCGAACUCCUCCGAAAAUAGAGCUCCUUGCCAAGCUGAUCUAUGAGUCGCAAAAGAAACCACAGUUUCGUCGAAACCGGCCUGUCCCCUGAGCUCCACGGCACCUUCAUGGAGCCCCCCGGGUCGGCGAGUCGAGCCGACGGCGAUUUCCUAGAGCUGGAGCACGACGAGGAGCUGCUCUGCUCGGUCAGCGACAUCACGGAGCACCUCGGCAGAAACAUCGCCGCGGUGCUGGAGACAGCGCUGUCGGAGAUCCGCAAAAUGGUCAGCAUCAGGAUACGAGUGCUGAAGAUGGAGCUGCGCGAGAAAAGCGAAGAAAUCGAGGUGUUGAAGGCGAGACUGGAUCCAGUUCAGAGGGACGGCAGGGAGCCUUUCCCCGGCGUUGCGGCCAUGGAGCCGUCUGCAGAUGUUGGCUUCAGAAAACACGACUUCGGAUCCGGCAGCAAACACAACAGUGUGGACCCGAGGAGAGCCAAGGCUGUCAUGCCCGGUGUAAAGAAGGAGAAUAUAGAUGCUAUCUGCGACUAUCUGAUGAAAGACAAGAACUCGAGGGGGUGCGCGGACAUGGACGGAGACCAGAGCAGCCAAGCCAGCGGCGACAGGGAGGCUCGCCCAGAUCCUGACCCGCACUCCCUCAACCUGUGGCCGGACGGCGGCAUGGCCGGCUCCGGGCCUGGGCACGGAGACUCCGAGUCCGCCACGGAUGACCUCUUCGGUAUGCUCCCCUCCGGCAGCAAGCGGAUGUACGACUACGAGUGGAUAGCACCGAUGGAGUAUUCUUCCGACCUGAAAGUCAUGAAAGAGCCAGAGUGUGAGGACACCCCGACCGGCGAGACGGAGGACGAUGAGGAUGACGAUGAGGGAGAUGUGUCGCCGAGGAGGGAGGGGGGGGGACUGGAGCAGGACCAGGUCCCCAUGUCAAACGUCCAGCCCUCUGAGUUCAGCAUCGAGACCCAGAGCUCUCCGGGAGAGGGAGGGAGUCCGCUGGACGGGAACACCGACCGGCCUGUGGCAGGCCAGCAGUUCCCCGGCCUCACGUAUAUCUGCUCUCUGUGCGGAACCUUCUGCCCCGACUCCCUGUUCCUAGAGGAACAUGUCAAACUGAUACACUCCGACUCCGCCGGCGCCCAGGCCCUCCAGGCCCUGCAGUCCACCUGCUCAGCCCAACCCGCCAUGGAAGACGGUGUCAGUGACUCCAGGAGGGGCGGAGGGGAACAGGACGAUGACGCGGGAGUCGAGGUUGGCGUGGGCCUCGGGCGGGGAGGGGCCGCUGUGAAGAAGGAGAUCAAAAUCGAGGGCGGGUACGAGUGUGGAGACUGCGGUCGCCACUUCAACUACCUUGGCAACCUGCGGCAGCACCAGCGUAUCCACACCGGGGAGAAGCCCUUCAUGUGUCCGGAGUGCGGGGAGAGGUUCCGCCACGCAGCCCGCUUAAAAAGCCACAGGCUGGUGCACAGCGGGGCCCAGAGCCCCUUCCCCUGCCCCCAGUGCGGGAAAGGCUUCUCGGUGCUAUCGGGACUCAAGAGACACCAGCGGGUGCACACCGGUGAAAGCCCGUACGCCUGCCCACAGUGUGGCAGACGCUUCAAAGAGCUGGGGAACCUGUACACCCACCAGAGGAUCCACAGCGGGGCCACGCCCUACUGCUGCCAGCAGUGUGGACGCAGCUUCCGCCACCUGGGAACGUACAAAAGCCACCGCUGCACACCGCCGCAGUAAACAGCCCGGCUACUUAGCUUCUUAUGCUGUCUGAUACCAAGAGAUGUAUGUCAAAGACAGGACACGGCGGACACGAGGACUACAAAGGCGUGUGUCUGGGGGGAGGUGCUGGUCAUGUGGAGAACAGGGCCGGUAUCCUGAGAUGCUUUCGUGUUAUCUCACAUUCAUGGCUUUUCACACCUGCAUCAACAAAAUCUGCUUCAUCGAGCUCGAGUUCAUUCUUGACCUCGGGGUUUGACAAAACAACGUCAACUCCAGGUCUAUGCCACAUUGGCUCCUCAUCAGAGUUGUUCCGAUACCAGUAUCAGAAAUGCCUCGGAUUGGUGCAUGUACUUGCCGAUACCCGAUCCAGCGUUUCAGGCUUUAUCGGGUAUCGGCGAGUAUAUGCAACAAUCCAAUAUUAACGCUACACAGGAACAACAACACGUGUCGCUCACUAUCGAUCUGUACAUCCUGCCCAAUCGGUUCUGUGCAAGUGCAACUCUCAACAGUGAUGAAGAAUUAGCGACAUGGCUCAUUCGGUAGCUACUUCCAUCAUCAGCUCCAGGAAAAAAAGUAGCUGCACCGAAAAUAGAAGAUU